AUGGCUCCCUUCGCUUUGGAGGAGCUAAAAGAGGUAGUCUUUUCCAUGCAUCCGGAAAAGGCUCUAGGUUCGGAUGGUUUUACGGCUUUAUUUUUUCAGAAGUGUUGGGAUUUUAUAGGAAGCGAUGUCUUGCUAGCCUUAGAAGAGUCUAGGAGAAAUAGGAUGAUUUUGAAAGAACUUAAUACUACCCUUAUUGCUAUUAUUCCAAAAGUGGAUAAUCCUAGCUCUUUUUCUAAGUUUCGUCCUAUUGCCCUGUCUACUUUAUAUAAGAUUAUUACUAAGGCAAUUUCUGUUAGAAUUUCUAGGCUCCUUCCUCAAAUAGUUUCCAUGGAGCAGGGUGGCUUUGCGCCUAGUAGGGAAACCUCUGAAGUGUUGAUCAAUGGCUCUCCUUCAGGUUGCUUUGCUUCCUCCCGGGGAAUUAGGCAAGGGGAUCCUCUCUCCCCUUUUUUGUUUAUUCUUUUGGCUGAGGCAUCAAGUAGGGCCAUUUCUAAUGCUACUACAUCUGGUUUAUGGUUAGGAAUCAAAAUUGAUGGCCUUCUUUCUUCACAAUCCCAUUGCUUGUUUGUUGAUGAUAUGCUUCUAUUUGGGGCUUCCUCUUUGAGGGAAGCUAGAGUUAUAAAGAAAAUUAUUUCUGAUUAUGCUGCAUUUUUUGGUCAGAAGGGUUAUGCUGUGAAAAUCAGCAAUGUAGAGUACAGUAAUAUCAGGGGCACGUCAGCAACAGAAGACGGAAUCACAUUGUCGUGCAGCCAAAGCGGAUAUUGCAUGGGCAUAGCAAUGGAGAAUAUAGAUUUGGUAACUGGCUCAAGGGCACAAGCCGCUUGUAAUACCCAAAACGUACAGGGUGGAAAUUCGAUUCCUUCACGUUGUCUGCGUAACAAUGGCAAAUGA